GAUUUGUUGCGGGAGGAGGAGGAAAGCGGCGGUGCAGGAAUCGAGAGAAGAGGAUGAGCAGCUGCGACGAUGCAAGGAAGGGUGCGGAUGUGAUGGAAGGGAAGAGAGGGAGGAGGUCGGAUUGCUAUAGAGGUACUUGGAAGAUCAACUGAUGUUGGUUGGAUCUGUGUACGAUUGUGGGGAGGAGGAGGAGGAGGAGGAAGAUCAUGGUGAUCGGGAUCUGUUGGAAAACCCGAUCUGGGGUCUGCUGGAGAAAAAAUGAGAAAAAAAAAAGAGGAAGAAGGUGGGAAGGGUAAAUUUGUAAUUGUAUUUUAAAAAUUUUUUGGUUUUGUAGGGUGUGUUGAGUCGGGUGUUGAUUCAUGGUGUGCCUAUCAUUGUCCAAAUUUAUAAUAUCACGUAAUAUUAUAAAUGCAAUUAAUUAUA